UUGAGUGGCUAGCUGGUGCCAUACGUUCUUCAGCAGUUGGAAAGCAGUGGCCUACUUAAGACAACAUCGCUUGUUCUCUCAGUUGUGCGUGAGAAGAUCAACAUGAAAAGUCUUGCGGUGGCGUUGCUGCUGUCGGCCGUCGGAAUAAUCUCAACGGCCAGCAAUGUUACCGUCGGAGAACAGCAGGACGUUUUAGACGCUCCGGAACACAAUGCAACCUUCAGCCCCCGCGGGAUGAAGUCCGCGGACUGGAACAGUGACGAAAUGACGGCGCCUCUGGCAAACCCCGCGGGUGGCAUCAGAUCACUAGAGAAUCUGCUCGAGGUUUUCAACCCCCAGCGUUUGGCGCGCCAAUGGGAUUACCCCCGAGACAACCUGACGAAAGGGUGCGGAGCCCACGUGAAUCAUUACCUCACCCAUCUCCACAAGGCAGAGCUUUGGGCGCUCAAAAUGGCCGAUGCCAGUGGCCGCUACACGUCGAGCUUCUUCUGGGGCAAUAACUACUGGACCGGGUCAGAAUCCCUUUGCUAUCAACUCGACUCCAAUGCCACACAAACGGAUGCCCCACCGUUCAGACUUGGCUUCUAUACAGUGCGACUACAGAUAAGUCUCCCGCACGACAUUGCUCCCAACGACCGCUGGAUCCUGCUCGGUCUGUGCCUGCCCUUAUCCUGCAACAAGCAAGAUGUCCGUCAACUGCUGGAGUUGUCAGUCCGAGAUGAGACAGAGCCACAAUCCAUACAGAUUGUGAAAGUCCGAUCACCACACGACAGCUACAUAAUGUGGCAAGAUCGUACUUUUUGGAUACUCUUCGCAGUUUCAGUUCUUGUCUUCGGGUUCAUGGCUCUGGGGACAGUCUAUGACCUCUACUUGGUGCACCAGAACCGCCACUUCUUCAGUGAAAACUACACAUAUGAAAUUACGCGGGCUUUGCCCCCACACCUUGGUGAGAGAUCCAUCAAGCUGGCCGUUGACAACUUCAUGCAGACAGCCACAUCCAGCCCUACUGAGGGAGUAAUAAACCAUGGCCUAGAGGGCAGUCUGGGGACACUGAACGAGAGCAUUAACACUGCAUCCAAUGAUUCUGAUACUUCCGAGAAGCAAGGUCUGGUGUCCCAGAUCAUACUUGCAUUCUCAGUGCGACGGAAUGUACUGACAAUAUGUGAUCAGAGCGUGGGCAGUGACACCAUCCCCACGAUUCAUGGGCUGCGCAGUAUCAGCAUGGGCUGGGUGAUUCUAGGUCACACAUGCAUCGUCAUCUUCAAGUAUUCAGACAACAUGGAGUACCGGAAUAUCGUAGAAAAGGAAUUCCUGUUCCAGACAAUAAAUAAUGGUGCCUACUCUGUGGACACAUUCUUCUUCAUUAGUGGGCUGCUGGUGUCAUUCCUGUACUUCCGUACAGUGGCCAAAAUUGACAUGAAGCAGCUGACACGCAGUACUGGCUUCCAGAGCAGCGCACUACAGUACCUGGGGCUCAUGGUCUACCGCUAUGGCAGACUGACCGUGCCCUACCUGUUUGUGCUCGGUAUUGUGGAAGUGACUAUGAAGUGGUUCUACUAUAACUCGGUAUUCGAGUCACCUACUGCAGAUCAUGUUAGCUGCCCCAACUACUGGUGGAGGAAUGCUCUGUACAUCAACACCCUGUUCCCUGUUAAGGACAUGUGCAUGUUGUGGAGUUGGUAUCUGGCAGAUGACACACAGUUCUAUGUGCUAGGCUGUGCACUCCUCAUCCUUGCCAUCAGCUAUUUCCGUGCGGCGGCUGCACUCACAAUUAUAUUCCUCAUCAGCAGCUGGUGCACCACUGCAUUCAUUGCCUAUGACAACAGGCACAACCCAAGCGUGGAUGACCCAUUGGCUGUGUUCGAUAAGAUCUAUGACAAACCAUGGACUCGCCUUGGACCAUACCUCAUAGGCAUGAUAGUGGGCUGGAUUCUGUACAAGACGGACUGUAAGAUCAAGAUGAGCAAGGUGGCUGUAGUGCUAGGCUGGUCACUAUGUAUUGGGUGCCUCUUGGCACUAGUGUAUGGGCUGUACAAUACAAAGCUGGAGCAUGUACCUGCAGCAGCCUACUCAUCACUCAGCCACUCAGUCUGGGCUAUUGGACUUUCCUGGAUUGUCAUUGCAUGUUCUACUGGACAUGGAGGUUAUGUGAACAAGCUACUAUCAGCAUCAUUCUUAUACCCGUUUAGCAGGGUGACAUACUGUGCCUACCUUGUGCACCCAAUUAUGAUAAGACUCAUGGUUAUGCGAUUAGACAGCCCCAUGCACCUCAGUCUGGAGACUAUAACAAUCAUCUUCUUUGGACAAGUCACGGCAUCAUACAUCCUGUCGUUUAUCGUAUCACUAGCAUUCGAGGCUCCCAUGGUUUCACUGCUGAAAAUUGUGGCACCAGAAAGACGGAAGAAAUCCCAAUGAGAAUGACAGUGUUUGAAUCACACAAAACCAAACUGAGACCUCACUGCAUGAAGAAGCAGAACAAACAUGAGGGCAACAACUUGCUGAUGGCCAGCACAUCAAUAAUAGUGCUCAAAGCAUCAGCCACAAUGUUUUAUAUGUAUUAAUGAUCCCCGUAUAAUAAGCGAGCAAUACAAUUAAAACAUGAUGGCACCCUUUAAGCGUAUAUGUAUAUUAUGUAAAUCUAAUAUGUUUUUACAUUAUAUCAGCUGAGCGUCUAUCAGCUAUAUCAGUUCAAUAAGACUGUGUUCAGUAUCAAAUGAUACACAACUCCUUGCUUUCUAUGCCAAUGUGUUCUGUACUUACCUUGUACGAAGAAAUUACAAACUGACAUGGAUUAAAAAGUAUGAAAAUAAUCUAAAAAUGUGAUACAACAGAAUGGCAUUUUGUGGAUUAGACCUGAAUGUUUCUAUAAUCGUUAGACCAGGACUGAAAACAUUUAAUCAAGGUAACAAGAACAACCAAUCGAUAUCAUACAACCACAUACUCCAUACUCAUUAAUACAUGUUCCCAAACACAUUACAAGAUGUAUGUAAUUUGUGCUUGUUACUACCAAUAACUCUGCAAUAAAGUGAGAUUUUGUACAGAAUA